CGCUUUUCGCCCCAUUGUUGAUUUUCAUUCGACGUCGUCGUCACUUCGGUCCCUGACUAGUUGUGUGACCAUGAUUUACUCCGCAUUCAAUGUGGACUGUCCAGCAUGUCACCGGCACAAUACUCCAUGGGCAGGUGGUAAUGCUGUGAGGCACGAGUUAGGCGAUGGAGCUUCAGAGUAGCUCUUUCCGGGAGUUGUGCGAAGGAACUAUAAAAACCGCCUGCUUCCUGACCUCAUGCUGGUCACUCGCUGCUCCCUCCCGAACAUUUCAGCUCAUUUCCAGUCAAUAUGAAGUCCUUCAUAUCCCUUACUCUCACAUUGUCCCUACUUGCCCAGUCUCAUGCCUCUUCUCUGAUCCCUAGGCAAGAAAAGAAUCCGGCAUGGUCAGUGUCGAACUUCAAUUCUCUCAUCACGUUCGGUGACAGCUACACUGACGAAAGUCGAUUGGGCUACUUCAUCAGUCACAACGGCUCGGCGCCACCGCCUGGAACAUUGCUGCCAGAGAGCUUUUCGACCCCUGGCGGAGGCCGUACCUGGCCACGCUAUGUCGUUCAGUAUACCGGCUCGACAGUCAACGGGGAAUGGGACCCUCAAAUGACACUGUACGACUAUGCCGUCUCGGGCGCCGUGUGUUCCAACGAGAUCACACCAAGACGUCUUCCAUCGAUCAACAACAACUUCCCAUCAGUUCUCGAAUACGAGGUUCCCGCCUUCCAAGCCGACCUCGUCUCGCCACGCAUCAACGCCACACCGCCAGAACCAUACUUCACACCUCCCCUGACCGCCGCAUCAGCCGUGUACGCCGUGUGGAUCGGCACCAACGACCUGGGAGUGUGGGCAUUCAUCACCGACUCACAGAUCCCAGGUAAAGUGCUGAGCGACUACACAUCCUGCGUGUACGAUGUCUUCGACGGACUCUACGCCUCCGGAGGGCGUAUGUUUGUUCUAAUGAACACUGCGCCCCUGCAUCUGGCUCCCUUGUACGCCAACGCCAGCGCUCACGGCGUCGGGCCGAACCAGUACUGGAUGGACAAACCUAGCAAUUUGACAGAAAUCGCAGAGACGAUGCAUGAAUACACUUCCACCGUGAACAAUAUCUUCAAGUAUCAAACUCCGUUCGAAACGCUGGUCGCGAAACGCUAUCCGGGCGCACAGUUCGCGCUGAUGGACAUGUACUCGCUGAUUUCGGAUAUCUACGAUGAUCCGACUGCUUACCUCAACGGGACGGACGUGACAAGUUGGAUGUAUGAUAACCAUUGUAACGUCAAUCAGACCGUUUGCGUGAAGUCAGAUAAUGGGACGAAUCCGGAUGGGUUCCUUUGGUAUGAUGAGUUGCAUCCUAGUGAACAAACGGACCGUGUUAUUGCGACGAAUUUUGUGGAAGUGUUGAAUGGAACAUCGCAGUAUGCGACGUACUAUUAAUCCUUCGAGGGAGCGUAAUGUUGGAAUGCAUUGAUAUGCAUCCAAGAAAUGCUGCGUGGACGAGGAUUGAGGAUGAACACGGCUUGCGCUUACGUAUGCUUAUCUCGUGGGUCGAGGAGCUGAACAUGCGAGCGCUCCCACAGGCAUAAUGCGGCCAUCGAAGCACCCGGCGGUAAAACCUAGUCAUGUCCGUACCAUAAUGCAUGAUAAUG